UAAGGGAACUUUUGAACAGUUUUAGUGCACGCAUUUUGCUGCAGGCUCAAAGGACAUUUUCAUCAGGUCUUUUCAGAAAAAAAACUGUUAAAUUUAUCUGUGUCCUUUUGAUGGAUCUUGACGAGAAACAGUUAGCUGACUCCUUACAAGUCAUGUGCAGCUCUGAAAUUUCAGAGCCUCACAGGUCCGGAAUACUUCGAGUGAAAGCAUCUUGUCACCAUCUAGUAAAUUCUAGCUGCCUCCAGGAAUGGGUGAAAAUGUUGAUAGAUAAGGGCAACAUCCAGUUCUACUGUCCGACUUGUGAUGCUGUGUGGUUGUGGCAAGAAGUGAGGAAAAUGGCACUCCUCAGAGGCAAAGAGUGUGCAGAGCUGGAAGCUCGAAUACUGAGGCUUGUCUCUACUAGGGAGGCAAAAGCACUUUUUCAAAAGUGCCCACGAUGCUUUCAGCUUCUUCAGCUCUAUGAUCACAACACUCUUUGUGUUGCGUGUCGAGUCUGUUCAGAAAACGAUAAGAAGGUAUACCAGUUCUGCUGGGCCUGUAAAAAGGAAUGGAAUGGACCUUCUCUUAAUGAUGAGUGCUGUGCUCAUGAGCUCUGCCCUCUACAAGCAACUCUUCUAUCCUGCCCAGUAAUCAUUGCCCCAGACUUAGAGGUCAAUGAGUGCCCAUCUGUACGAGCUUGUCCUCGGUGUGAGGCUCUGGUAACUCAUUCUUUAGAUGGCUGCCCAGAAGUGAAAUGUCCCAAUUGCUUGUUAAAUUUCUGCUACCGCUGCCUUGAGAAACAUGGAAUGCACAGGUAUAUAGAAGAGGAGGAAUGCCUUGUCUUAGAUGAAAUAGAGGACAGAGAUAACAGUUUCUGCAUGCUAAGUGAAAGGCAGACACUGACAGGCAAAGUAUGGAAUCCAGAGGAAAACUCUAGCUCUGAAUGUACAACAGAGAGUGAGGAAGAUGACAGUUAACAUGGCAUGAGUGGAACACAAGGGAGCAAAAAUGUUGGUCUGUUUCCAACCAGUAUGACCUAAGAUUCACACUAAUGCUUUGUCUCUUUGAAAGUCUGAGAAGCUCAACAGGUUGAAUAUAAGGCUGAAUGCCAAUCAUAUAUUUGAGACUAUUCUUUAACUAUACACAGUUCACAAUAAUCAUACAUUUCUCAUAUGUAUUGAAUUUUAAAAUGUGUCAACUCUUGUCAGCAAUUUAAAAUAUAAAUCAAAUGUACACUGCAAGCAAAGGUGAAUUAAGCUUGUGUAACUAGAAGUGGUCCUUUGGCAAAACAAAUGAAGCACUACUACUGUUAUUAACUGAAUAAACAAUGAAAGCUCA